AUGAAAAAAUCAAAUAAGUUAAAUAUCCUAGUUAAAAAUGUUAAAUUCUUCGUUAAAAAAUGUAGGGAGAAAAAUAAAAAAUUACUAACAUUAAAUAGCUUGGACGAAACAGAUGAUGAGUGUACAAAUGACACAGGAAAGUUCUUAGAUGAUAAAAUAAGUUUUCAGAAGAAGCGUAAAGGGGGUUCUAUGGAGAUCAAUAGCUUCAAUGGUUUUGACGAGCCUGCACCCAAUAUAUAUAAAAAAUAUGCUACCACAAAUAGUAGUGAAAUUAAAAAGAUUGAUUCUCAAGAUAGUUUUCGAAAUAAACUGGGUCAUUUAGGUAAAAGUCGUACAAAUUUUAAGAAUAAAUCUUCCUACGAAGAAAAAGAGGAUAACAAUCAAAACUUUGAUAUAAAUUAUAAAUUGUUUGAUAAUGAAAGAAUGGAAUAUAAUGAAGAAGGACUUUUAAAAGAACAACCAAAAGAUAGAAAGCUCGAAUAUGUAAAAAAUGAAAUUAUGGAAUAUGAUUUGAAUUUAUUAAAUUUAUACAAAAAAUUGGAAAAAGGGUCAAAGAAUAGUAAAUCAUCUAAAAAAAAUAAAGAAAAGACAGCAAAGAAAAAUUUAUCAGCUAAUGCAACACCAGUACCGAAAAAAAUAAAAGUAAAAACAAUCCAUACACUAAAUUCCGACGAUUUAAAUAUAAAAAGUGAUACUUUUUUAAGAAAGAAUACUUUUAAGAAGAGUAAAAAUAAAAGCUCGCCCAAAAAAAAUGAAAACAAAAUUGAAGGAAAACCCGAAGAUCAAUUGUUGUUGAAAAAUUCAAAACAACAUAGCAAAAGUCCUCUAUUAGUACAUAGUGAGAAAAUUUCAAAAUAUUAUAGUAUGGAUUCUUUAAAUAAACGAUUAAAUAAAGUUUAUUCUUUCCAAAAUAGUGUGUCUAAUAGAUUACAAAAAAAAAGUAGCUCAUCAACAUAUGACAUUGGUUGUAUGUAUAUGAAUAAUGAUACAAGCACUAAAAGUUCUAAAGAUUUAACAAAAAGAAAGUCAAAUGAUACUAAUUUAUUCAAUAGUUCUAAAAGUCUUCGUCAAUUCAAAUUUUUAAAUGACAAUAAAAAAAAUAUUGAGUAUUAUAAAAAGAUGAUGGACUCUUUAGAAGGGACAGUUGGAAAACCAAAAAGUAAAAAUAAUAAUAGUGGGUCUAUAGAUAAUAUUAUGAAAAUAAUAAAUAGUUUAUUGCAUGAUUAUGUUCCCAAAUUAAUUGAUCGAUAUGAAUAUUAUAUGAACGCAUUAGAUGGAAAAAAUAAAUUGUUGAGACAAAAAAUAAAAGAAUCUCUCGAUUUUGGAGAUAUUCAAUAUGAAGAAAUUCGUGAAUUAAAAAGUCAAUUAGUGCAAAAAAAUCAUGAAAAUAUGAAAUUAAAUGAUACAAUUGGCACAUUAAAAAAUAAAUUAUCUUAUAUAAAUGAGUUGGAAUUAAAAAAUGGAGAAUAUUUAGAUGAAAUUGUUCUUAUGAAAAAUAGAGUAACAUAUUUAGAAAAAAUAAUAGAGGAAAAUGAUCAAUCUAAGGAAUCUUAUGAACUUCGAAAAAUGAGGCGUAAUAUGAAAAAUAUAUAUAAUAAAAUGAAAAACGAAGUAAGAUGCAUCAAUAAAUUAAAAUCCAAGCGUUUUAAAUGGCAUAAAAAGAAAAAAAUAUCUUUGCAUAGAUGGAUAAAUUUAAAAAGCAAAAUAGAUGAAUGCAGAACUUUAACUACUUAUGAAAAAGUCAGUGAUGAAUCUUCAGUAAAUACGUCAAGGGAGAAUUAUGAUAAUAAAACUUUUGAAAAAAAAAGUGAUGAUGAAAUUUGUGAAAACGAGACCAAAACAAUGGAAGAUAUUAAAAUAGUAAAGGAAUAUGCCGAUAAAAAUGUUGAUACUAGUGAUUUGAAUAUGACCAAUAAAAAGACAGAGGAAGAGGAUAAUGAGGCAUUACACAAAAGUGAAGAAAAAGAAUUGAUACCCAAGAAAAAUAAGGUUCCAACAAAAAAUAAAAAAAUAAAUACAAUUUUAAGCAAUCAUACAUUUAUACAGUUAUUGAAAAAUGAAGAAAAAAUAGCUAACGAAAUGCAACGGAAUAAUUUCACUUCUAUACCUAUGGGCAUUUAUCCAUAUUAUCAUUACUUUUAUAGUAAUAUACUAAACGAUGAAAAGUACAAAUAUAUUGAUAAUGAAAAUAUUGAAUUUUCAGAUGAAAAUUAUUUGUCAUUGUGCAAUAAAUUAAAAGAAUCUUUUUGCGAAAAUUAUUUUUCCGAAUGGCCAAAUGAAAUUAGCAAUAAUAAUAUAAUACAUGAGACUAUUGUUCCAUAUUAUCCUGAUGCCAUUCCAUUAAAUGGAAAAAGAGAAUCAUCUGAUAACAACAAAAAAGUAUGUAAUAUUUCAUCUGCCCCACAAAUGGUAAAUGACAAAUGGAAAUAUAUGAUUAUAAAUAGCGAUGUUAGAAAUGAAGACAAAAAUGAAAAAAAGAAAAAGAAGAAUGUUUACAAUCUCCCUUUUGAUUGUUGUUAUAAAAUAAAUAGAAUAUUAAGCGGGACAAUAAAUUGUUUUUUGUGGGAAUCAGAAGAUGCACGUGAUGGACAACAAAAUGGAGGAUUUUAUGAAAAAUAUAAUGGAAGGAAAAAAUAUUUGAUUCCAAGCAAUAGGUCGUUAAUAAAUAAAAAAUUAAAAAUAAACAGAGGAAAAAAUUUAUCUUCUUUUUCUCAUAGAGACAUUUCUAAAAAUAAAUAUAAAUACUAUUGUAAUCAAGUUGAUGGAAAUGGUAAAGUAAGAAAAGAUAGUUGCGGUGUUGAAAAAUCGAGAACCAUGGAUGAUCAUAUUUGUAGAAAUAGUGCAUGCAUGAAUGGGAGUAUUAAUGAUACGAAAAAUAUUACAAUUACUGAUAAUAAUAAUAGAGAGGAUAUAAAUAUAAUUGGAAAUGUGACUAAUUUAGAGGAUUAUAAGCAAAAUCAUGAAACUGUUCAUAAGAACAAUGACAUGGGAGAUAAAAGUGAAUUGAAGGAGGAAAAUGAUGAAAUGGAUAAAAAUAUUAUUAGAAAGAAGAGUGAAAAAAUUAACAAUUUUAAACAGUUUUUAUUAAAUUAUAAUAAUUAUUUUUCAGGAAGUAGAAAGGACGAAUAUAACAAGGGUAACAAUACAUAUAAUAAUAAACUGGUUAAUGAAACAUAUCCGAUUGAUAAAUAUUAUAUCGAUUGUAGUAUAAUCAAUCCAGAUUAUAGUAUCAUGCAUAAUGGAAAUGAAAUAAAUAAUGUCAAAAAUAAUUUCAUGCACCAUUUGAGUUAUCCAAAGAAUGUUAAUAGUAUAUCUGUUAUGCCAAAUUUAAAAAUCACUAAUGUUGGUUGCGAAUUGAAAAAAAUCGAAAAAAACAAGAAUACUAUUUUUAAUAAUAACAACAUGAACAUUUCAUGUGAUCAGGAAUGUAAACAGCGCCAUGAUUUGAAAAGCUUACACAAAAACCAGAAAGACACAAAAAAUCAAACACAUUAUACAUGUGAUAAAACAGUAAGAUAUCUUAAUCCUUUUAAUCAGUAUAUAGAUAUAAACAUAACAAACUAUGAUGAAAUUAAUAAAUACCUUCACGAUCAUUUUCUAUAUUCAAAAUGA